AUUUUAAAACGCCAAACUACAAAAACAUUGUGUUGUGUAUAUUUGUAAAAAGUUAAAAUUUAUAGAUUUUAGAAAAGCUAAACCAUUUUUUAAUUUUAAUUAACAAGCAAUAAUAUCAUCAAAGUGGUAUAUUUAUCAAGAAAAUCUAAACCGUACACAAAUUCAUGUUAUUAUAAGCAAAAUCUACCAAAAAUGGACACUAAAGAAGACAACAAUUUAGGCAUUGACGAUAUUUACGAGGAUUUUGAAGAUUUUGAUUUAGGAAAUAUAGUCGAAAAGUAUAAAAAAGAGAAUGAAGAGUUAAGACAACAUGCACAGUCUCAAGAAUUGAACAUACAAAAGUUGGUCGGAGCUUUAGAGGAAAUGCAAAAAGUUAACGAAAGUCUUACUAAAAAUAUAUCUACUCUGUUUAAAACAGCAAAGUCGGAGUUGGAAAGAAAGGAAGGUAUAAUAGCAGACUUAAGAACCCAACGAGACAACACUGCUUUUAGGCGCAGAGGAACUCAAUUUCAAACUAAUAUAGAUAAAAAUAUUAAUAUAGAAAGGGUUGAUAAUGUAAAAAAUGAAGUUAUAGACAGUAAUGUUAAAAAUGAAGCUACAAGCAGCAAAGAAGUAGUUGUCGAUACUCCUGUAUAUUCUGAAGGGGAAAUUACUGAUGAAGAUGUACACGACAUUAAAACAGAUAGAGACAGUGACGAAAAAGCCUUUAGUGAUAAAUAUAAUAAACAAACAAGAGAAAAUUGGCGUCAAGAUAACAGAGAACAGUCACGAACAAAUUGGCACAAAGAAGGUAAUUUUAGAGAUAGAUAUAAUAAUAGCAACCCAAAAAAUAGAUACAACAUGUUUCAAAGGAGGUUUAACAAUGAUAGGGAAUUAGAUUAUCAGAAAAAUGGUGGUAAAUUUGGUACAAAUAAAGAAAAUGAUGUUAGAAAACGAGUUGAUACAAGAAGACCUGUUGAUAGAGAAGAAAUUGACACAAGAAGACCUAAAAGUAGAGAAUAUGCACAUUUUCAAGAGCUUGAUACAAGAAGAUAUAAAGAAAUCGAUACAUAUAGAGAUAAUUUUAAAGAAAUUGAUACAAGAAGACCUAAAAGUAGAGAUGAUUUUCAAGAAAUUGAUAUGAGAAGACAUAAAGAAAUGGAUGUAAGAAGACCUAAUGAUAGAGAAGAUACACUUCGUGGAAGAGAUAAAAGUAAUCAUAGAAGAAAUGAAGAUAGUAGACUUGAUAGAAGAAAAAAUGACGAAAAUAAAAGAUGUUUAAUAAGACACAACCCACGACGGGACAGCAGUUCUUAUUUGUCUCCUACAAGAAGAAAAAGAAGACAUAAAAGCGAAUCAGACAAAACUAGAAGUCAUACACCCCCUCUACAGUUUUUACCGAAAAGUGAAGAUGAGAAGAAAAUGAAGGAAGAAGAGCUUGUGCCAAAGAGAACAGACCCAGUCAAAAACUUUUUUACAGACCAUCUUGAUAAUAUAUUAGAGUCAAUACAAAGUAAUGUACAUGAUAAAAUAACCUUUCCUAACCCCAAAAACCCCAAUCCUACCCCACAACUUGAAACAAUAUUCAGCGAUGAUAAUUUUAGUCAAGAAGAAGAAAUUAUUACCAAAACAGCAAAAGUGAAAAAUAGAAGAAAAUCAUCAAUAAAAGAAUAUUUUACAGUCCUUUUUGAUGAUUCGCAACUUCCAGAUGUUAAUAAAAAUAUUAAAGAAGAAGAAGAAGAAGCAGCAGCAGCAAAUAAAAUUAAAUCAAAGAAGAAGCACAAGAAACAUGAAGACACAGAAGUUGAUACAAAUAAAAGCAAAUUAAAGAAGAAGAGCAAACUUGAUGUUUCAGAAAAAGAAUUAAAAUUGGCAACAAUGAGCAAAUUUGGUCGAGAUUUAGUUGCUGAUGAUGAAGAUAAAGAUAAGAUGGAGGAAGAACAAAAAUUAGCCACCAAGAAAAGACAAGGACCAACAGAAAAUUCCGUUUCUGAUUCUAUCGAGAAACUAAAGGAUUAUGAUGAUCAAUUUGCUUCUCCACUGAAGAGGUACAUCAAAAAAUGCAAAGAACUAUCUGAAGAAAGCACCAGGUCUGAAAUAAACGACAUUUCAGAGCAAGAAAAGAUGAUAAAAAAUAAGAAAAAACGAAAUUCCAAAGAUUUAGAGGACAUUAUCAUUGAUGACAUACAAUCAAAUUCAAAAAAAGCUGCAGAUAUCGAAUAUAUUGAAGCUAAAAGGAAACGAAAAUCUAAGGAAAUCGAUGAUGAUCCACAUCAGAUGACAAAGAAGCCAAAAUUAUUAAAAAUAACCUCUCCUAGGAAAUCAUUUUCUCCAUUGGAAGAUAUUUACAAUGAAGAAGAUGCUGGAGAAAUUAAAACGAAGAAAGAUCGUAGAUUCAAGCAAAGCAAUCCAAUUGCAACUGAUAAAUUGAUGUUAAGAUCUCUUCCAGAAGAUAUAGAAGAAGUAACUAAGAAGAAUCGCGUUAAUGACAUAUUUGCAGAUGAUUUGAAUUCUUGUCUUGCAGAAAAUGUUACUAAAGAAGAUUCAAACAGUAAAAAGAAGUCAAAAUCACUUGAAGAUACAAUAACUAAAACAGCCAGAAGAUCUAAAGACAUUCUGGAUGAUUCUUUUGAAAAAAACUCAACAUUCGCUGUGAGAAAGAGGACAGACUCAGUAGAUGACAGCAAAUGUCAGAAAGAAUCUACAAUCAAGAGCUUCACUGUUGAAGAAAUCAACAAUUCCCAGAAUGCUGUACAAGAAUUGGAUGAAGAAGGAAAAGAUCAGGCACAGAUUAUUUCAAAUGAACCUCAAGUUCAAAAAAUUGAAGAAGGAGUAGCAUUAGGAAAACUGGAUGAAGGAAAUCAGACUCUGAACGAUUUAAAUAAUAUUCAAGAAGAAAAAAUGGAGACUCCAGUUCAAAAAUUGGAAGAAGAAGUAUUGUCAAAGAAGAGAAGCUACCUAAGAGGAUUGGACGAAGAAAUUGAUACUAAAAAUGACAAAAAUCAGACUCUGGAUGAUUUAAAUGAAAUUCGGGUUGAAAAAAUUGAAACCCAAGAUCAGAAAUUAGAAGAAGGAGUAGUGUCAAAGAAGAAAAGCAGCUCAAGAAGACUGGACAAGGAGAUGGUUACUAAAGAAGAUAAAAAUCAGACUCUGAACGAUUUAAAUAAUAUUCAAGAAGAAAAAAAGGAGAUUCCAGUUCAAAAAUUGGAAGAAGUAUUGUCAAAGAAGAGAAGCUACCUAAGAGGAUUGGACGAAGAAAUUGAUACUAAAAAUGACAAAAAUCAGACUCUGGAUGAUUUAAAUGAAAUUCGGGUUGAAAAAAUUAAAACCCAAGCUCAGAAAUUAGAAGAAGGAGUAGUGUCAAAGAAGAAAAGCAGCUCAAGAGGAUUGGACAAUGAAGUUGAUAGUAAAAAAGGCAAAAAUCAGACUCUGGAUGAUUUAAAUGAAAUUCGGGUUGAAAAACUUGAAACCCAAGCUCAGAAAUUAGAAGAAAGAGUAGUCUCAAAGAAGAAAAGCAGCUCAAGAGGAUUGGACAAGGAGGCGGUUACCAAAAAAGACAAAAAUCAGACUCUGGAUGAUUUGUCAGUUCAAAAAUUGGAAGAAGGAGAAGUUUUGAAGAAAAAAAGCAGUUCAAGAGGAUUGGAUAAAGAAGCUGCUACUAAAAAAGAGAAAAAUCACACUUUGAAUGAUCCAAUUGAAACUCCAGUUCAUAAAUUGGAAGAAGUAGAAGUAUUGAAGAAGAAAAGCAGUUCAAGAGGAUUGAAUAAAGAAGCUGUUACUAAAGAAGACACACAUCAGAUUGUAAAUGCUUUAAAUGAAACUCCAGUUCAAAAAUUGGAAGAAGAGAAACUGUUGAAGAAGAAAAAUAGUUCAAGAGGAUUGGAUAAUGAAGAUGCUACUAAAAAAGACAAAAAUCAGUCUUUGAAUGAUCCAAACGAAACUCCAGUUCAUAAAUUGGAAGAAGGAGAAGUAUUGAAGAAGAAAAGCAGUUCAAGAGGAUUGGACAAUGAAGCUAUUACUAAAGAAGAUAAAAAUCAGACUCAGAAUGAAAUUAAAGUUGAAAAAAAGGAAGAACGAAUAGUGCCAAAAAAGAAAAGCAGUCCAGGAGUAUUGGACAAAGAGGAUUUUACUGAAAUAAACGAAGAUCAGAUACAAAAUGUUUCAAAUGAAAUGCAAGUUCGGAAACUGGAAGAAACAAUGGCACCAAAGGAUAAAAGCAGUCCAGAAAGAUUGGACAAACCUCUGGAGGAAAUUGUUACAAAAUCUCCUUCAAAAGAAGCGUUUGUCGAAAAUUCCCUAAAGAAUAAUGAUGCCAGUAACACUAAUAAUAAACUGGAAGCAGAAAGAAUAGAUUCAUUUGAUUCUUCAGAAGAAUUGAACAAAAGUAUUGAAGUUGAUAAAGAUUCUAAGAAGAUCGUCAUCGUCAGCGACAUUUUAUUACAUUCUGGAAAGCCGAAAUAUACCGAAAACGGUCAGCACAGUUUACCUGUUCAUUUAAACCUACCAAAUUUGAUCAAAUUGGAAACCAUCAUUGCAGGAUCUAAAGAAAAUCCAAUACUAGAAAAAGAAGCAAACAUUGAUCUUCCUAAAGUAAAAACAUCAAAGUCGGUUUCGAGAAAAGACAGACUUCUAGAAAGAUACGCAUCAGAAAACAGUCAGAGCAAAUUAAAUAGUUCGUUUUCUGAUAGUAUCAGCACUGACCAAAGCCAAGAAGGUUUACUAACAGAAGAGAAAGUAAAUAGAAAAAGAAAAGGACCAGAAGAAGCUGUUACAGUUCCCAAAAAACGAAAAGUGGAUUUACAAUCGACUGAAAUAGAAGAGGGGAUUGAUAAAGAAAAGCAGAUCGAUGAAAUAGAACGAAAAUUACAAUUGAUGCACAAAAGUCCUUUAAUUUCUGGAAAUAAUAUUAAAAAGAAAGAAGAAGAAGAAGAAGUUGAAACGAUACCAAAAUCUACAAGAAAACGUAGAGGCAAAGGCAGUGCUGCAGUAAGAAAGAGUCCUAGGAACCUGAAUCUAAAAACACCUGAAUUAGUUGAAAAAACAAAUGACACUACAACUACUACCAUUGAAGAAGCAACAAUUAAAAAUACAGAAGAUGUAAUAAAAAUUAGUACCGCAGUAUUACCAGACAUUAAAUCACGCCUGGAAGACUUAGAAACAGAUUCUAAUAAGACUGAAACAAUUCAAACAAACGUUACUGCAUUGCAAUUAGAUUUCCCAAACAUUUCCACCGAUAACAAAGCUGCUACAGAACAAAAAACCAUCAGAAAUACCCAUCAUUUACCGCCAUCUUUAGGAAACAUCCCCGUAACGUCAGCAUCGUCGCCUAUAAGACACUUAGGACGUAAACGAAUUACACCGACACCAGUAAAAGAUUCACCUGUUUGUUCGUUUCAGAACAUCCUCGAAAAGAACAAAUCCGACUUCAAAAUAUUCUCCAAAAAUAUUAUACUCGAAUCGGAUCUGAAUCUCACCGAUGACGGUGAGAUUCCGAUCCUCCACUUAGAAGAGAACCAUUUUAAUAACAUGGAAGACGCGACGCAAAAAACUUUCGAUAAAAGUAUCAUGAAACUUCUAGAUUGCAUGAACGUUUCAAAUUUGGAUUGCGAUAUAUCAAAAAUUACCGAAAAAGCUACUAGUAGUAGUUUGUCGUUUGAGAAUGUCAUUGAUAAAGCGUCAAAUGAUAAUAUACAUUCGACUCCUGUUAAAAAUCCAUUAAUCCCAGUAUCUUCGACUCCUAGAGUUGAUAUUAACGAUCAAACUGUCAAUAAUGGAAUCAGCAAGACAGAGGCAGGAUCCAAUUCAACAACCACUUCUGUGCAAGCUCCGGUGAGGUUCAGAAGGAGGUGUAGAAUAGUUGCUGUUAAAAAGGUGUAAAUUAUUGUAAAUUAUUUUGUAUAUAUGUACAUUACUGAAGAAAUUUUUAAUUAUUUAAGAUAUUAAACUAUUUCGAUUAGGAUUGGUGACAUUGCUUUUGUUUUUAUCUUUUUUAUGUCUGUUUCGAUAACUAUCAGAAACCAGUCACUGCGCAGUAAUCCUGAUGUCAGUGACUGGUUUCUGGUCAUCAUUGGAACAUACCUUUAAGAUUCAAUUGUAUCACAAGAGUUUAAGAAGAAUUAAACUGAAUCUGGUUUUGACAAUGACAUACUAAUCAUACUGAUAAUGUCAUAGUCAAAACCAAGUUCAAUUUAAACUCUUCUGGAACUCUUGUCAUAUCAUACAAUUGGAGCUUACAGGUAAAUGCCAAAGAAUGACAUGUGUAAUAGUUGUUCUGGAAGUGAUCUGUUACUGGUAGUGUGGUGUAUCCACUAUUUUUUCUUCUACUGUCUCCACUAAUAACGAAUAUAGUUUGACAUUUCUGUUAUCGAAAGAUAAAAGGGCAUAAGUCAAUUUUAUUGACGACUCCACUCUUGUCCCGUUCAAACUCCAAAAAAACCGAACCCAUCACUCCUCGGUCGUUAAUUCAAGCUUCAUUUACUCUUUAAACUUCAAACGUCCCUUUCACUGUUUGUUUAUUCCAAUAAGUGUGCUUAAGUGUCAAUUAAAAACCCUAAAAAAAACUCAACUCCUGUCCCGCUCCAACUCCAGAAAAAUCACUAAAAAUUUACUUGUUCCCUUUUAUCUUUUGACCCAGAUUUAUGAAAAUGGCAGGUACGUCAAGAAACUUAACUUAGUUGCAUCAUCAGGCUAAGGGUUUUCUAAUAUUCAAGAUGUAGAUUUUUUUUGCUUAGAGAACAAGCCAGGCUUGUCAUCAACCUUUUGACUGGACAAGCGUAACUGCAGUAAAGUAUUAAUAUAAAUAAUAAACAUAUUUGUUCGUUUCAAAAUUUCUUUAUUUAUAAUAUAUACAACUUGCUAUAAUAACAUUUGAAAUAUUUAUUUGUAGCAGGAUCUCUUAGCGACUCCAGGAAGUAUUCCAGUGCUACUGUGGACUCUAGUGAGUCCAUGACCAAUGUCCUGGCUGUAUAUUCCUAAGCUAUUAUUUAUAAUAGUGAGUUCACAUGAUAUCUCCUUGUUGCUAUCAACAUUAUAAAUCAAUUUUGGUUGCUAACUAGAUCGAUAAUGGAAAAGUAUGAAGUUUUUGUUGAUUUUAAUUCUGUCUGUCUUGCCUGAAAAACUGGUUAUAAAAACAGUAAUAAUAUAUAUCUGCCCCGCCCAUCCAUUCAGUCUACCCGCCGACCAGAAUCGGUGACCCUGGCCAUAGGAAAUCUGCCAGUAGCCCCGCCCAUCCGUUCAGUCUUCCCGCCGACCAGAAUCGGUGACCCUGGCUAUCGAAAAUCUGCCAGUAGCCCCGCCCACUCGUUCAGUCUACCCGCCGACCAGAAUCGAUGACCCUAGCCAUAUUUUAAUAUUCCAAUUAGUUUAAGUUACGGUGGUUAUAAAUUAUACUUAACUGCGUCUGUACAUGAUCAGAUUUUCGUGAAUGAAGCCAAAUAUACUUCAUAUUAGCGCUGUUUUCAGCCGUGAUGCUGUUAAUAUCUACCUUUAGCUCUGAUGCGAAACAAUUUUGAUAAAAGUUAUUGGCAUUUUUUAGUAUGAAUUGAUUUAUAAGAAGUAUGACUGAGGGUAUAAUAGUUUGAAUGAACGCCUAUGAAUGUUUUGACAUUGGUAGGAACAAUGGUGAUCCUCAAAUUUAACGACAGUAGGCGGGGCACUAUUGAUGACGUACAUGGCUUGUUCUUAAAGCAAACAAUUUUUUAUUACACUAUCAACAAAUGACUGACUGAUGUAAUUCCUUAAGAAAUUAUUAAUUAUUUAGGAUAUUAAAAGAGUUCGAUUCGGAUUGAUGACAUUGCUUUUGUUUUUAUCUUUUUUUUAUAUGUAAAUUGACUAUUUAAAGUCUUUCAGUAACCAUCAGAAACCAGUCACUGCGCAGAAUCCUGAUGUCGGUGAGUGGUUCCUGGUCAUCGUUGGAACAUACCUUUAAGAUUCAAUUGUAUGACAAGAGAUUAAGAAGAAUUAAACUGAAUCUGGUUUUGACUGUGACAUACUAAUCAUACUGAUAAUGUCAUAGUCAAAACCAAGUUCAAUUUAAACUCUUCUGGAACUCUUGUCAUAUCAUACAAUUGUAGCUUACAGGUAAAUUCCAAAGAAUGACAUGUGUAAUAGUUGUUCUGGAAGUGAUCUGUUACUGGUAGUGUGGUAUAUUCACUAUUUUUUCUUCUACUGUCUCCACUAAUAACGAAUAUAGUUUGACAUUUCUGUUAUCGAAAGAUAAAAGGGCAUAAGUCAAUUUUAUUGAUGAUUCCACUCUUGUCCCGUUCAAACUCCAAAAAAAACCGAACCCAUCACUCCUCGGUCGUUAAUUCAAGCUUCAUUUACUCUUUAAACUUCAAACGUCCCUUUCACUGUUUGGUUAUUCCAAUAAGUGUGCUUGAGUGUCAAUUAAAAACCCUAAAAAAAACUCAACUCCUGUCCCGCUCCAACUCCAGAAAAAUCACCAAAAAUUUACUUGUUCCCUUUUAUCUUUUGACCCAGAUUUAUGACAAUGGCAGGUAUGUCAAGAAACUUAACUUAGUUCCAUCAUCAGGCUAAGGGUUUUCUAAUAUUCAAGAUGUAGAUUUUUGCUUAAAGAACAAGCCAGGCUUGUCAUCAACCUUUUGACUGGACAAGCGUAAAGUAUUAAUAUAAAUAAUAAACGUAGUUGUUCGUUUCAAAAUUUCUUUAUUUAUAAUAUAUACAACUUGCUAUAAUAACAUUUGAAAUAUUUAUUUGUAGCAGGAUUUCUUAGCGACUCCAGGAAGUAUUCCAGUGCUACUGUGGACUCUAGUGAGUCCAUGACCAAUGUUCUGGCUGUAUAUUCCUAAGCUAUUAUUUAUAAUAGUGAGUUCACAUGAUAUCUCCUUGUUGCUAUCAACAUUAUAAAUCAAUUUUGGUUGCUAACUAGAUCGAUAAUGGAAAAGUAUGAAGUUUUUGUUGAUUUUAAUUCUGUCUGUCUUGCCUGAAAAACUGGUUAUAAAAACAGUAAUAAUAUAUAUCUGCCCCGCCCAUCCAUUCAGUCUACCCGCCGACCAGAAUCGGUGACCCUGGCCAUAGGAAAUCUGCCAGUAGCCCCGCCCACUCGUUCAGUCUUCCCGCCGACCAGAAUCGGUGACCCUAGGGAAAUCUGCCAGUAGCCCCGCCCACCCGUUCAGUCUACCCGCCGACCAGAAUCGAUGACCCUGGCCGUAUUUUAAUAUUCCAAUUAGUUUAAGUUACGGUGGUUAUAAAUAAAUUAUACUUAACUGCGAUUUUCAAGAAUGAAGCCAAAUAUACUUCAUAUUAGCGCUGUUUUCAGCCGUGAUGCUGUUAAUAUCUACCUUCAGCUCUGAUGCGAGACAAUUUUGAUAAAAGUUAUUGGCAUUUUUUAGUAUGAAUUGAUUUAUAAGAAGUAUGAGUGAAGGUAUAAUAGUUUGAAUGCACGCUUAUGAAUGUUUUGACAUUGGUAGAAUUAUAGCAACAAUGGUGAUCCUCAAAUUUAACGACAGUAGGCGUAGGCGUGGUACUAUUGAUGUGCAUGGUUUGUUCUUAAAGUAAACAAUUUUUUAUUACUGAUGUAAUUCUGAUUUUUCAUUUGAUGAAAUUCCUUGACAUUUUAGAAUUUUGAAAUCUUUAAAGAAACCAAAACUAAUAAAUUCAAAAUUUAUAAGCACCUUGUUUGGAAGUAAAAUAUAUUUUGUGAAAUGGUAAUACAAAUAGAUUUGGUGUUUGGAAUUUAGAGUACAUGAAAAACAGUUGGAUUUGGUGUAAUCUCUUUGAAAGUUUAGUUAAAUUUUAGAAUCUGACUUAAAUCUGACUAAAAAUUAUUGAUGAAUAUUAGAAAAUGCUUGUGACUAGUAGUGCAAUAAAAUACUUUUGAAACGAAAUUUGUAGAUAAUAGUUUUUGUAUCAAGUCAGCUAAGUGAUUCUUUAUCAAACUAGUCUAUCAGACGAGUUUAAUAAAGAUACUUUGCUGACGUGAUCCAUUCAAACUUUUAUCGCCAACUGUAAUUAUAAUUAAUAAAAAAGAAGAUAUAACAUCACAUUUUAGCAUGAAAAAGUAAACAAACAGAACUAUUUCUGUCAGACAGUCAUGGUUAUGUUGAUAAAUAUUAGCAGCAAGUAAAAUAUUUGAUUUUUAUGUUAUAAAAUGUUUGUUUACUUCCGUAAAAUGCUAUGGUAAUGCAUGGCUUUAUGGACGGUUGGCGAUAAAACAUUUUACAAGCACUUAUAAGUACUUUUGUAUUAUAUAUACAUUUUGACUACUCUUUUUUU